AAGGCACCAUCUGCUGCUUUGUAUUAAUAGAUUACCCGGCAAACAAGGGUGGAGACGGAGCCCCCGAGUCAACGCAUUAGAUGCUGACUCUGCUGAGUUCUCGGGGUGUCUCUGAUCUGGGGGGGUCCUCAUUGCUCCACUCGGAUCCUCCCGCGAGCCAGAAUGGGUAAAAGGCCGAGCAGACUGAAACCCUGCUCCUCUGGUCACCUCACCGCAGGGGAAAAGUAAUCUCGGUUCUGGGGCACUGGAGUGUUCAGCGGGUGUAGGGAGGUAGGCAAAAGGGGGUUCUGCUUAAACAGUCGGGCUGCCUGGCGCAUGUACCCCGAUGCACUCAAACUUCACUUGCAUUGUGAUUAGAGUGGGCACGCCCGGCGCACACUGCUGGAACAGGAGUUGACGCGGGGGCCGGGGAGCCGCCCAGCCCCCACGCCCCGUGAGUGAAGCCGGAACCCGGAGCUGGACCCUUUCUCUCCCUCUUGGGAGCUCCAGACUUCCGCCGGGUGAGAGCGCCUGACUUAGUGUCUCCAGAUAGCCUGCUCUCCGCAGGCAAGAAGUCGCCGCUGCUCUCUCUGUUUUUCCCUCCCCCAGGAACUUUUUAGUCCCCGAGAGGGAAACCGAGGUCGAGGCGAUGGGAGCCGGGACCAAGUAGCAAAUCAUUCCCAGCGGGAGGCGGAGGCAGGGCGGCAAGACCUUAGGGUCAGCAGCGCGGAGGCGCGGAGCUCGCGCGCGCCCGGCGCCCUCCCGCCUCCAGCCCUGGCAGCCGCCCUUUCCGCCGCGGACACGGGAGAGUUAAGCCAAUAAACACGUAAGCGCCGCUCCCUCCCCAAUCGGCAAGAUGCCUCUUCGGCUCUCGGCUGCACCGACAGCUUGCAACACUCGGCGUCUUCUCCGGAGGCGCCUCCUUCAGCGGCUGCAGAUGGCAUCGGGCUGCGGGCUCCGGGCUCGCCACUGAGACUCGCCCGUGCCCACCGCGGUCCACGCACGCACCCCUCCCUCCUCCUCCUCCUCCCUCGCGCUCCGGUCUGCGCCCUGCUCGCAUCGCCGGCGGAGGAAGCGGUCGCGGCGGCCCAGGCUGAGCUGCAGCGCGCGCUCCCCGCCCCAGGGAGCAGCGCCCACCGCGAGGACCCACCCCGGGUGCCUGCAGCGCGCCCCACCUUCGGCACCCCAAGCCGGGGGCUCCAGGGACCGCGCCCUCCCCAGGCGCCACCAUGCUGGACCCCUCGUCCAGCGAAGAGGAGUCGGAUGAGAUCGUGGAGGAGGAGAGCUGCAAGGAGGCGCUGGGCUCGGCCGCGUCCGGUGCGCGCCUGUCCCCCAGCCGCACCAGCGAGGGCCCGGCCGGCGCGGAGCGCCGGGAGUCUGCGGCUCCGCGAAGGGCGCCCGCCUCCUGCCCCGCCAGCCGAUCGCCCACUGAGGUCGCCUGCGGGCCCUGGGGCGCCGCUUGCUUCUCCCUGGCCGCCCUACUCUGCGAUCCACCUUCCCCCUCCCCACAGACCCCAGAUCCGGGGCGCGCCCUGUGCUCCUUCGGCCUGGGUCACCACCUCCCUCGCCCUCCCUGUGACCCUCUGCCCUUCCCAAGAUUAUCCUCUGAAAAUGACCCAAUCUCCAACCCAUAUGAGAUAACUAUGUUUUCUGUGGCCAGGGUCCGAAUGCGCCGGGAAUGGACCCCUGUGAUUUGUAGUUGUCAAUUUCUAACAGUGGCUCAUGUCCGGAAGUCCGUGUUCUGGUUAGCAGAAUGCUGGAAAAUACGAAAGAAAUGGAAGGUCUGCUGCACGUAUUCACUCAAUGCUGAAUCUCUUGCACCAGUUUUAAUUCAGUUCCUGGAUAACUUUGGUGCACAGGUCUACCAAAAUGGGCUCUGUUUAAUUCAGAGCUCAGUCAUUCAGCACCUGGUCAGGGAAAAUGUCCUCUAUGAUCAGUCAGUGUCUGCUAAGUCGCCCACCCCUGAUAUGCAGCCAGAUCCGUACUGGAGUCUAACUGCUCCCUUGCUUCCAGUCCCUUGUAAGUUCAGUGAGACACUCAUUCUGAAGUUAGGGAAGUUCAUUUUUAAAGUUUUCUUGGAAGAAUAUCGGCACAAAAUGCAAAGUGCCUCCUGGAAGUCUUAUGUGCCGGACAUGGGGCUUUCAGAAUGUGACAGGAACAUGGGUCCAGGUGAAUGGAUCCAGCCACUGAUCAGCAAACAGCAGCUGCAGACAGUCAAGGACCGCUUUCAGGCCUUUCUCAAUGGCGAAACCCAGAUCGUGGCGGAUGAGGCCUUCAUGAACGCCGUCCAGAGUUACUAUGAGGUGUUCCUGAAGAGCGACCGGGUAGCCCGAAUGGUGCAGAGCGGGGGCUGCUCUGCCCACGACUCGCGGGAGGUCUUCAAGAAGCACAUUGAGAAGCGCGUACGGAGCCUGCCGGAGAUCGACGGCCUCAGCAAGGAGACCGUGCUGAGCUCCUGGAUGGCCAAGUUCGAUGCUAUCUACCGCGGGGAAGAGGACCCCAGGAAGCAGCAGGCCCGGAUGACAGCCAGCGCAGCCUCAGAACUGAUUCUGAGCAAGGAGCAACUCUACGAGAUGUUCCAGAACAUUCUUGGCAUCAAGAAAUUUGAACACCAGCUCCUGUACAACGCAUGUCAGCUGGACAACCCAGAUGAGCAGGCAGCCCAGAUCAGACGGGAGCUGGAUGGACGUCUCCAAAUGGCUGACCAAAUAGCCAGGGAACGAAAAUUCCCAAAGUUUGUAUCCAAAGAAAUGGAAAACAUGUACAUCGAGGAGCUGAAGUCCUCCGUCAACCUGCUCAUGGCCAACUUGGAGAGCAUGCCGGUGUCGAAGGGCGGCGAGUUCAAGCUCCAGAAACUGAAACGCAGCCACAACGCUUCCAUCAUCGACAUGGGCGAGGAGAGCGAGAACCAGCUCUCCAAGUCUGACGUCGUGCUGUCUUUCUCUUUGGAGGUGGUGAUCAUGGAGGUCCAAGGCCUUAAGUCCUUGGCUCCGAAUCGCAUUGUGUAUUGCACAAUGGAGGUAGAAGGGGGAGAGAAACUGCAAACGGACCAGGCCGAGGCUUCCAAACCAACAUGGGGCACCCAGGGUGACUUCUCCACCACCCAUGCGCUGCCUGCUGUGAAGGUGAAGCUAUUCACAGAAAGCACCGGUGUCCUGGCCUUGGAGGACAAGGAGCUUGGGCGGGUUAUUCUCCAUCCCACCCCGAAUAGCCCCAAACAAUCCGAAUGGCACAAAAUGACAGUUUCCAAAAAUUGCCCAGAUCAGGAUCUCAAAAUCAAACUUGCUGUCCGAAUGGAUAAGCCUCAAAACAUGAAGCAUUCUGGGUAUUUAUGGGCCAUCGGUAAGAAUGUGUGGAAGAGAUGGAAGAAAAGGUUUUUUGUAUUGGUGCAGGUCAGUCAGUACACAUUUGCCAUGUGCAGUUACCGCGAGAAGAAGGCGGAACCUCAGGAACUCCUACAACUGGAUGGCUACACUGUGGACUACACCGACCCCCAGCCAGGUCUGGAAGGGGGGCGAGCCUUCUUCAAUGCAGUCAAAGAAGGAGACACGGUGAUAUUCGCCAGUGACGACGAGCAGGACCGCAUCCUGUGGGUGCAAGCCAUGUACCGGGCAACCGGGCAGUCACACAAGCCCGUGCCCCCAACCCAAGUGCAGAAGCUCAAUGCCAAGGGAGGGAACGUGCCGCAGCUGGAUGCCCCCAUCUCACAAUUCUCUGGACUGAAGGACGCAGAUAGAGCUCAAAAGCAUGGCAUGGAUGAAUUUAUCUCUUCCAACCCCUGUAACUUUGACCACGCUUCCCUUUUUGAGAUGGUGCAGCGCCUUACUUUGGAUCACAGACUUAAUGAUUCCUAUUCUUGCCUGGGCUGGUUCAGUCCUGGCCAGGUGUUUGUACUAGACGAAUAUUGUGCCCGCAAUGGAGUCCGAGGGUGUCACCGACAUCUCUGCUACCUCAGAGACUUGCUGGAACGGGCAGAGAACGGCGCCAUGAUCGACCCCACCCUUCUGCACUACAGCUUUGCCUUCUGCGCAUCCCAUGUCCACGGCAACAGGCCUGAUGGAAUCGGGACCGUGACUGUUGAAGAGAAGGAACGUUUUGAAGAAAUCAAAGAAAGACUCCGAGUUCUGUUGGAAAAUCAGAUUACACAUUUUAGGUAUUGCUUUCCAUUUGGUCGACCUGAAGGUGCAUUAAAAGCUACUCUGUCUCUCUUGGAAAGGGUUUUGAUGAAGGAUAUUGUUACCCCAGUACCACAAGAGGAGGUAAAAACAGUCAUCCGUAAAUGUUUAGAGCAAGCUGCUCUAGUCAACUAUUCUCGUCUCUCUGAGUAUGCCAAAAUCGAAGAGAAUCAAAAGGAUGCAGAAAAUGUAGGCCGGUUAAUCACUCCUGCCAAAAAGCUCGAAGAUACAAUACGUCUUGCUGAACUAGUCAUUGAAGUUCUUCAACAAAAUGAGGAGCACCAUGCAGAGCCACAUGUUGAUAAAGGAGAAGCCUUUGCGUGGUGGUCAGACUUAAUGGUGGAGCAUGCAGAGACGUUCCUGUCACUCUUUGCGGUGGACAUGGACGCAGCCCUAGAGGUGCAGCCCCCAGACACCUGGGACAGUUUUCCAGUGUUUCAGCUGCUGAAUGAUUUUCUGCGUACCGACUAUAAUUUGCGCAACGGAAAAUUUCACAAGCACCUGCAAGACCUGUUUGCCCCACUUGUUGUUAGAUAUGUGGAUUUGAUGGAGUCCUCAAUUGCACAAUCCAUUCACAGGGGCUUUGAGCGGGAGUCAUGGGAACCAGUCAAGAGUUUAACCAGUAACCUACCCAAUGUGAACCUACCCAAUGUGAACCUACCCAAAGUACCAAAUCUACCAGUUAACAUCCCUCUAGGCAUCCCACAAAUGCCUACUUUUUCGGCACCGUCAUGGAUGGCUGCUAUAUAUGAUGCUGAUAAUGGAUCAGGCACCUCAGAGGAUCUGUUCUGGAAACUUGAUGCCCUUCAGACCUUCAUUCGGGACCUGCACUGGCCUGAGGAAGAAUUUGGAAAGCACCUAGAACAACGGCUGAAGCUGAUGGCAAGUGACAUGAUUGAGUCUUGUGUCAAAAGAACCAGGAUUGCAUUUGAAGUUAAGCUGCAAAAAACGAGUCGAUCAACAGAUUUUCGAGUGCCGCAGUCAAUAUGCACCAUGUUUAAUGUUAUGGUUGAUGCCAAAGCUCAAUCAACAAAACUUUGCAGCAUGGAAAUGGGCCAAGAGCAUCAAUACCACUCAAAAAUAGACGAACUAAUUGAAGAAACUGUUAAAGAAAUGAUAACACUCUUGGUUGCAAAGUUCAUUACUAUCUUGGAAGGAGUACUGGCAAAAUUAUCCAGAUACGACGAAGGGACUUUGUUUUCUUCUUUUCUGUCAUUUACUGUGAAGGCCGCUUCCAAAUACGUGGACGUACCUAAACCCGGAAUGGAUGUGGCCGACGCCUACGUGACUUUCGUCCGCCACUCACAGGAUGUCCUGCGUGAUAAGGUCAAUGAGGAGAUGUAUAUAGAAAGGUUAUUUGAUCAAUGGUACAACAGCUCCAUGAAUGUCAUCUGUACCUGGUUGACGGACCGGAUGGACUUGCAGCUUCACAUAUAUCAGUUGAAAACACUAAUUAGGAUGGUAAAGAAAACCUACAGAGAUUUCCGAUUGCAAGGGGUCCUGGAUUCCACCCUCAACAGCAAGACCUACGAGACCAUCCGGAACCGGCUCACCGUGGAGGAGGCCACGGCGUCCGUGAGCGAGGGCGGGGGCCUGCAGGGCAUCAGCAUGAAGGACAGCGAUGAGGAGGACGAGGAAGACGACUAGAGCCCUCGGGCCUGGAGUCCACCGGGACACAGUCCUGGAAUCACUGCAUGUCCUUAGUCUGUUAGUUAACCCCACUAGGGAAUUUUCUGUCCUCUACCAUGCCCAUGAGAUGUUGACCAGUACAACUGUCAUUUUAGCUAUGUGGUACCAAGAUUAGCAAAUGACCUUCAGAUCUACUGAUUUUCUUAUUUCCAUGUCUGUAUGUUUACAAGCAAUAUGGAGCACCAUUCUUUAAAUGCCGUUCGUGGAGAACACGUAGUCCAGCUCUUAGGCCCGUCCGCAUUCUUGGCCAAGUAUAAUGAUGCUUCAUACUCAGUACUGUGUGUGUCGGUGGUACGAGGGUGUAAGGGCAAGUAUGCUGAGUACUUUAACUUCUUCGUUCAUGUAUGUGGAUGCCAGUUAUUUUAAUGAGUACAUAAAUAAAUUAAUUUAAUGAAGCACAUAGAUCUGCUUGGUUUUUAUUGAGAAACCAAAAGCCAGGCUCCAACAGCUAACUUUUGGUUCUUUCUGUUCCCCUAAAACUAAAAUAAAACUGGACCCCUGUGUUCCUGGUAGCCCAGCUUUUCAUUUACCUACAUAGCCAAAAAAGAAAAGAGAAAGCUACACACCAACGGACUGGUUCUCAUCGCCUCGGCAAGGGGGCUAUCCUGUCACGAUUAGCACCUAGCGCCGUGCAGAGUAACUGUCUCCUGUCAAAGUUUAUCCUGUUAAAUGUUACCUUUUGCUUUUGUUUCAAUAACCCUGUGUGUUAAAAAAAAACUGAAUAUUUAAAUUACAAUCCUAGACUACAAAUGUGUUUAUAAGAAGAUAAAGGUGUUUCCUUCAGGAGAUUAUAACCAUAAUUUAAAUUAUUUUGUUCCACCCUGUUUUUUACAUCCACCAUGUACCCUGCAUUUGGUCUGUGACUGCGCGACCCUGGGGUCUGCUGCGGAGCUCGUUCUGUCUGUGUAAAGUAGUGGAUCCAUCUUGCUUUUGCCUUAUAUAAAGCCUACAGUUAUGAGAGUGUGGGAAACUGUGGCUUCUCAAUAAAUACCUAUUCAAAUGUCGUAAGAAUAUA